GUAACGCUCUCGGCGGAUUUGCUCUUCGACUUCAUCUUGCCUCGGUUCGACCACAUGUACCAGUCGAAGAAGAACCUUAAGAUCGAAUCCAAGGGGUCCAGGUACGAGAUUGGCGACUUUGUGGUCAAGAUCGGCACGGUAACCAUGAGCGGCCAUUACAAGGGGAUACUCGUUGAGGUGGAGUACCUGCCGUGCGCUGUUCCUGCUCUCUGCUGGACGCUCAUGAGGGAAUUCAUGCAGAGCUUCAUGGGGUCAUGCGUCAACCCGCAGGCUCCGCCGUAUAUUCAGAACCGCUUCCACGACAUCCACGCGGCGCAGGACACGGUGCAGCAGUACGUCGAGAAGUUCAACGAGUUCAGAGACGGAAGCACGUACUCGGGGGCGCAGGCCAACGCCCCCAACUCGUAGGGACGGAGGAGGAGGAUGGAGGGGGUGGGAAGGGGUGCGCA